AGACGCGAGCGGGUCUGACUUAGAGGAACGGGCACCUCUCGGAGCGCACGCCUCCGCCGCGUCGCGGUCCCGGGUGAGCCGCCGCGGGUUUAGUGCCAUGAUCCGACAGGACCUCUCCACAUCCUACCAGGAGCUCAGCGAGGAGUUGGACCAGGUUGUUGAGAACUCGGAGCAGGCAGACGAGCGAGACAAGGAGCCAGUCCAAGUCCAAGGUCCAGGGGUCCUGUCAGGUGUCGACAGCGAGUCUGCCUCCAGCAGCAUCCGCUUCAGCAAGGCCUGCCUGAAGAACGUCUUCUCGGUCCUGCUCAUCUUCAUCUACCUGCUGCUCAUGGCUGUGGCUGUCUUCCUGGUCUACCAGACCAUCACGGACUUCCGAGAAAAGCUCAAGCACCCUGUCAUGUCUGUGUCUUACAAGGAGGUGGACCGCUACGACGCUCCAGGGAUCGCCCUAUACCCCGGUCAGGCCCAGCUGCUCAGCUGUAGGCACCACUAUGAGGUCAUCCCACCUCUUGCCAGCCCUGGCCAGCCAGGAGACAGGAACUGCACCACCCAGAGGAUCAAUUACACCCAUCCCUUCUCCAAUCACACCAUGCAGUCAGCCCUGAUUGUCCAGGGGCCACAGGAAGUGAAGAAGCGGGAGCUGGUGUUCCUCCAGUUCCGCCUGAACCAGAGCAGCGAGGACUUCAGUGCCAUUGACUACCUCCUCUUCUCCUCCUUCCAGGAGUUCAUGCAAAGCUCAGACAAGGCGGGCUUCAUGCAGGCUUGUGAGAGCGCCUACUCCAGCUGGAAGUUCUCAGGAGGCUUCCGCACCUGGGUCAAGAUGUCACUGGUGAAGACCAAAGAGGAGGAUGGGCGAGAAGCUGUUGAGUUCCGGCAAGAGACUAGCGUGGUUAAUUAUAUUGACCAGAGACCAGCUGCCGAGAAGAGUACACAGUUGUUCUUUGUGGUCUUCGAAUGGAAAGAUCCCUUCAUCCAGAAGGUCCAGGAUAUAAUCACGGCCAACCCUUGGAACACCAUCGCACUCCUCUGUGGGGCUUUCCUCGCAUUAUUUAAAGCAGCAGAGUUUGCCAAACUAAGUGUGAAGUGGAUGAUCAAAAUCAGGAAGCGAUACCUCAAGAGAAGAGGCCAGGCAGCAAACCACAUCAGCUGAGGUCGCCGGGCCAGCACUCCGGACUGACGGAAGCCUUAUCCUCCCGUUGACAACCGAGCCACCAGCAAUCCUGUACUCACUUGAAGGGACCUUGCAGGGAAGGGCGGUCUUUCCAACUGGAUGGUCAAACCUGGCCCAGAAGGAGGCUGUUCUGAGCCCACAGGCAAACAUCCAAUGAAUAACCUGAAACUUAUUUAAGUACUUAAAUUAUUAACAGACAUUGUACCGCGCUGUCUAGUGCCUUGGAGGAGGGGGUUUGUGGAAAGCAGCUUCUUUCUAUCUGCCCAUUAAGUAGUUAAAGCUCCAGGUUAAGAGGCUCCCUCUUUAGAUUUUUUUUUUUUUUUUUGUAAAGUGUAGAGAUACAUCCUGUAUACACACUUCCUCCUGACCUUUUGAUACCACCUACUGUUGUUACUUAAGAACAGUAACGGAGCUUAGGUGAGACUUUUUUUUUUUUUUGGUUUUUCGAGACAGGGUUUCUCUGCAGCUUUAGAGCCUGUCCUGGAGCUAGCUCUUGUAGACCAGGCUGGUCUCGAACUCACAGAGAUCCGUCUGCCUCCCGAGGAGACUUUUUUUUUUUAAUGUAGUCCUGGCAGAACUCCCUGUGUAGAUCAGGCCUGCCUCUACCUUCCCACUGCUGGGAAGCAAAGCCUCUAAUCCUGCUCCCAGCCUUACGUGAGACUUGAAAGGCUACUAGACACUAGUGGUUAAUUUCUGAUGGACCAAGCUGACAAAGGUGUCAGCUUGGUGGCCACUGCUGGAAGCACUGGCACAGAUGUGUACAGUAGGCGCCUGCUUAGUGUAUCUCGAUUUCAUUAACAGGUAAAUAAAGUUGGGCUAAUACAAGGAAUGAGUGUGAGUAAACCAACAGGCACCAGUACUGGACUUGCGCGUGCCGUGACCGCCAGACCCCAAUGGCGGCAUGAGUCUGGACUGACCCCUGAGGUACGUCACCACUGCUUCCAGGUAAGCUGGAUAUCUAUGGCAGAUGGCCAGACAGAUGGACACACUGCACUACGAAUGAGCUGCUCAGUAGGCCACGGUGUCCUUCAGAAACGCUCGCCUAAAGGGGUGACCAAAGGCUUUGACAAAUAGCACUUAUAUAAACCCAGACCCCAUCUUUUCCAAAUGGUGUGGGAAUAUGGUAACAUUCAAAGAAUUCACAAUUAGGCUUUGGGAAAUCUGAAGGGAACUGUUCAUGUGUAGAAGGAGGGCAUUUUUGACUCCAAAUUUAGCAGCAAGAAACUGUUUUGGCUGAAUCCCUAGAAAUAAACUUGUAUAAUGAAA